AAGUGUGUGACAGAUAGUCAUUAUUCUCUGCUCAGUUAAUUUCAUUUAAGCUCAGUGUAAAUUAUGUGGAUCGUGCAUUUGAAGUUAAAUUCAACACUCUGUCCAUAGUCCAAAAUGCCUAGAGAACGACGUGCGAACAUCGGCCGCCGCACAAGACAUGCAAGCCAGCAACAAGUCUAUUCAAGGAACUUAAGAGAAGAAAGACAAAAUAUAAUAAGAGAAAAUGACCGAUUGAGACAUCGCGUGAGCACACGAAGAUCAUUGGCAUCAUACAAUCGCUUGGCAUUCCAAUAUGAUCCCACUGCGAACUACAGUGAUGAUGAAAAUUUGGAUAUUGGACGAAUGACGACUAUAUGCCGAUAUUGCAAUGCGGUAAAGUUCAAAAGAGAAACGGUUGGAUUGUGCUGCGCAAGUGGAAAAGUCAAACUGGAUCCAUUACUUACACCACCACAGCCACUGAAAACAUUGUUUGAUGGAAGUGAUCCCGAUUCCAGCCAUUUUCUUCAACACAUCCUUGAAUACAAUAACUGCUUUCGCAUGACUUCCUUUGGAGCUAAUAUCAUUCGAGAAGGCGGCUUCAUGCCGACUUGCAAGAUACAAGGUCAAAUAUAUCAUUUGCAUGGUUCAAUGGUGCCAACACCAGAUGAACCGCAUCAAUUUCUGCAAAUAUAUUUCAUUUCGUCGAUGGUGGAUCAGCUGAACGUGCGGUGCAAUAUACAGGGAGCACAACAGUUAAAGAGACGAAUUAUUGAACAGUUGCAAGCAUUUUUUCACGCUAAUAAUGCUGUGGUUAAUAUGUUCAAAACAGCAUUGGAACGAAUGCCAUCGGAUACGCACAAAUUUGUCAUAAGAGCGGAUUGUACUCCAACAGGUGAACAUGUGCGAAGAUUCAAUGCACCCACCGUUAAUGAUGUUGCUGCAAUUAUUGUUGGCGAUCCAACUAAAUCACGAGACAUUGUCGUUCAGCGAAGAAGCAAUAUCAUGCAUCGUGUAAACGAGACACAUCGUUUGUACGAUGCGUUACAAUAUCCAAUCAUUUAUUGGCAAGGGCAAGACGGAUACGACAUCACGUUGAAGAUGGUCGAUCCAAUUACAGGAGUAUCAACGAAUAAUAAAAAUCUAAGCGCAAUGAAUUACUAUGCGUAUCGUAUGAUGAUUCGUACACAUGAGGAGAAUGUCAUUCUGAAGUGCGGUCGGCUAUUCCAGCAAUUCGCUGUCGACAUGUAUGUCAAAGUCGAGACCGAACGUUUAGCUUUCAUCAGAUUCAAUCAGCCAAAGCUACGAUCUGAGGACUAUAUACACUUGCGUGAUGCUAUUCAUUCAGAUGGUGAUGUUCAGAAUAUUGGACGACUGACGAUUCUCCCAUCAACUUAUAUCGGAAUCCCACGCCACAUGCACGAAUACGCUCAAGACGCUAUGACGUACGUGCGAAAUUAUGGAACUCCGGAUUUAUUUAUUACGGUCACAUGCAAUCCGAAGUGGACGGAAAUUGAACGCGAGUUGGAACCGGGUCAAAAACCGCAAGAUCGCCAUGACAUAAUCGCCAGAGUAUUUCAGCAAAAACUCAAGGUUAUGAUGGAUGUGCUUACUAAGUAUCGAGUUUUUGGUGACACACGUUGUUAUAUGUACUCGGUGGAAUGGCAGAAGCGUGGACUACCGCAUGCUCAUAUCCUAAUUUGGUUGCUGAACAAAUUACAUUCAAAUGAAGUGGAUGACAUCAUAUCAGCUGAAAUUCCUGAUCCAGUCACUGAUCCCCGUCUACACGACAUUGUGACGACACAGAUGGUGCAUGGACCGUGCGGUGCAUUAAAUCCAUUAUCGCCUUGCAUGGCUGAUGGAAAGUGCACAAAACGAUAUCCGCGACCGUUAGUUGCUGAAACAGUCACAGGGAACGAUGGAUAUCCAGUUUAUCGUCGGCGUUCAAAAGAAGAUAACGGUCGAACUAUCAAAGUUAAAGUUCAAAAUCAAGAGAUUGAGAUCGGAAAUGAAUUCAUUGUACCAUAUUGCCCGCUGCUAUCACGAAUUUUCGAAACACAUGCAAACGUUGAGAGUUGUCAUUCGGCCAAAUCAAUCAAAUAUUUGUGCAAGUACGUCACAAAAGGCAGCGACAUGGCUGUGUUUGGUAUUGCGUCGGACAAUGUGAAUGACGAAAUCAGCAACUUCCAAAUGGGCAGAUACGUCAGUACUAAUGAAGCACUGUGGCGAUUAUUGUCAUUUCAAAUUCAUGAAAGAUAUCCCACAGUUGUACAUUUAGCAGUGCAUUUGGAAAAUGGCCAAAGAGUUUACUUCACUGAGGCUAAUGCGGCACAACGAGCUGAGAGACCACCAUCGACAACAUUGACUAGCUUCUUUGCAAUGUGUGAAGCACAUCCAUUCGCAGCGACGCUGAUGUACGUUGAAAUGCCCAAGUAUUACACUUGGAAUCAAUCAACAAAGAAAUUCCAACGUCGCAAACAAGGAACCCCAGUUCCAGACUGGCCACAGGUGUUUUCAACUGAUGCACUAGGUCGUAUGUACACUGUUCAUCCUAGAAACGAUGAAUGUUUUUAUUUGCGACUGCUGUUAGUAAAUGUACGUGGACCGAAAUCAUUUGCGCAUUUGAAAACUGUGAAUGGCCACCAAUGCCAAACAUAUCGAGAAGCAUGUCAACUAUUGGGUUUGCUGGAGAACGAUUCUCAUUGGGAUUUAACACUUGCAGAUUCAGUUGUUUCAUCAAAUGCGUACCAAAUACGAACGCUGUUCGCAAUUAUCAUCACCACAUGUUUUCCUUCACAACCAAUUCAGUUAUGGAACAAAUACAAAGACGCCAUAUGUGAAGAUAUCUUGCAUCGCUUGCGUAUUCAAACGAAUAAUCCUGACAUCCAAAUACCGAUGAAAUCUACAAUGAAGGAUUGA